AUGGUUGGUUCGCUGGCGGUGGGCUCCACGGAUGAGGUUUUACCUGGGCAAGGUGCUGCUGGACAGGUGAAUGUCUCUGAAAGCGCUCAAGUUCUUCCUGGGCAUGAAGUGGCUGGACAGGAGACGGCGCCGGAAGGAGCAGUACAGAUUUCUGGCGAGGAGACCGACCAAAAAGAAGGAGAAGGCGGGAGCAAUGAUCUCCGUGGUAAUGAUGCGAAGAUGUUGGAUGGUGGUCCGGUGAGGAGUGACCUUCAGCAAUUGCUGGUGAAAGGCCUUCUGACUCGAAUUUAUUGGAAGGUUGCAGUUGGCAAGUUGCCAAUGGGGCAAAGAGAUUGCCAAAAAGGGUCCAAUAAGAUGGAUCGAAAUUUGGUUAUUAGCAUGUCAUCCGAGGGUGCAAGCGAACAGGAUGAGAACCUGGCACUGGAGGACGAUGCUGAUCAGUCAAUGGGAGACGGUGCAAUGGUUAUGGUGUAUGAUCCAGGAACGCUGAUCCAGUCGCCAACAACUGAUUGGGUUAUGCGUCGCGGUCUGACCGAUCGUACCGUCUGGCCAGCAAUGGCGCACCUGGCACAGAGGAUAUGUGCUGAAAUGGUACAAGUGGAUGAAAUGAAUGCCCAGCUAGGGACUGGAACACUCCUUUUUCAAAGGAGAGAUCAAGGAUAUUAUACUGACCUGCAUCAUUCGUUCCAUGACAACCCGUGCUUGCCGGCGGUGGGGAAUUACCCUCUUUCGGUGAUGGGUGCCUUGUUGUCUCCUGGUCUGGAAGGGGAAUUCAAGAAUACGGACAAGUUUGGUACUGCUAUGGAGGCAAUUGCCUAUGAUUGGAGCCGCAGUCCAGGCAUGGAAGUUCAUAUUGAACUUAUGGCGAGGGUAGCCAAAAUGGUUCACCCAUUCCUGAAUCUGGGAGCACAAGGGUCGGUGAUGGUUUCAGAAUUUCUCUGGCAGCGCGGGAGGGCUCGGUUGAUGGAGUUUCUUCAAGCGGCGACUUGUGCGGACCAAUUGGAGGCUCUCUGGAGAAGGAUGGACGACGAUGCGGAUGAGGAGGUGGAUCCUUCGACAGCGAUGCUGGAAGUUCUUGGACUAGAGGAUGCGGUGCUUGAUCAAGGGAACAAUGAAUCCCUUAUUCCCAUUGAAGAUGCUGGAGGUGAGACAAGCGGUGACACUGGAGGGAAGGGCAAAGCGCCAGAAGUUUCUCCGGAAGAGGAGAAAUCCAGUGGGUCAUCCAGACUGGCGGACACAAGGAUUUUCUUGUGGUCAGUGUACUCCCGCGUGGCUUCGAAUUUCUCUAUGCAGGACCGCACUACUGGUAAGAUCUUUGACAGCACCAAAGGAUAUCCUGGUGAAGGACCAAACAAUGAUGACAAUCCUUCCUCUAAGGGGAACUUUCCCUGGAUUUCAGAAGACUACCUCGACGAAGUGGUGUCAAAAAAGAUGGAAAGGAAGGCCUUCAUGAAGAUGUUCAAUGUUUUUGGAUCGUCUCAGCAUGGCUCAGGAGUUGGCGGAAAACCGAUCAUGAAGGUACAUGGCAAUGUUCAUGUAGAGCACAAUCGCCCUAUGGACCGGUAUGAGGCAGAGCGCUUGGAGAAGAGGUGCGUCCAGUUUGCUCGGUCUGGGAAGUGUCGAUUUGGUGACAGGAGAAAGUCUGGUGCAAAUGGUGGAGAAAAGGAGAUCCCUCCUGAACAGUUCGAUGAUGAUGAGGAGGAUUUUAUGGUUUAUGACGAAGAGACCAAGAUGACGGAACUGUUGAUGGAGGCGAUUUCAUUUCUCUCCGGUGGCAAGCCAGAUUUGGCUCGAGCAGAGGCGGACCCAUUGUUCAAACUCCUGAAGUUCACUGGAGAUGCUGACCAAAUGGAUCAAGUAUGGGUUUCGUGGACCACUGAAAUGUUGUCCGUGCUGGAACUUCUCGAAGUAGUGAAGUCGUAUGAGGUUUCGCUCGCGGAGGUGGAAGAAUGGGUCAAUGACCUGAGGAUAUGGUAUGAGCGAGCCAAUUUGGGAGAGGAAAAGGAUCCCAAAAGAGGUAAAAAGAGAUCCCUAGAAAGGGAGUCCAGCAAGGAUAUUCCUGCCGAAAAAGGAGUGGUUGAGACUUCGGAGACGGAGGUUGCCGUUGAAGAAGAGAAGAAAAAGGUAAAAAAGAAGAGGAAAGCUGCAGCUAUCGAAGAUCCUUACACUCUCAUGGUUCCAAAGCCGAAGAAGAUGCCGACGAUCAUUGAGAAGGGUGGAUCAACAUCCAAUGUGGUGGCUUCUGCAGUGGAAAAAUCCUCGAAGACGCGCACAAAGUCAAAUGUCGGUGGAAAGACAAAGAAGAAGGAGAAAAGUCAGAGUCCCAAAAAAGAAGAGGUGGUAAUGGUGCAAGAUCCUGAGGAAAAGGAUCGUCCAUCCGAUGCGGAGGCACCAGGGUCUGCCAAUGCGAAUGAAGAGCUGGGUCAAUCUUGCCAGGCGAUUGAGGACAUCUUAGACGAGGCCCUGGAGGACGAGAAGGCGACCCUUCUGAAGCAAAGAGAGGUGCUCCUCGCCAUGGAGAAGGAAGGCAAGCAGAUCAUCCAAGAGUUGGAGGACAACCGGUCGGUGCUUACUGGGAACAGUGGCGUCAGGCGGGUCAAAAUGCUUCAGGACAUCAGUUCUUUGAACCAGAAGGUUAAGGAACUCCAGAAGACCAAUGAGGACACCAACCUCCCCGAUGACGGCCAGCUGUCGGAGGACACGAAGCAGAUGCUGGAUUCCACUUUUGGACUCCUCCAGAGAUAUCGGAACCACCGGCGGAAGACCCUGAGCAUAGUGGAGAAGUUUAGUGCCGAGCGGGACGCCGCCAAGACUCGAACCGAAUCUGCCCUGACGAAGCGCAUGGAGCAGCUGUCGGAAAGGAAAACCGAGUUGGACUCCCGACUUCGAGAGCUGCGCACGACAGUCACCAAGGCUGAGCGGGAGCUCGAUAGCUCCUUUAGGAAGCUCGAUCCCAAGGAUACGAGCAAAGCGGAAAAGCUGGCCGCCGAUUCGGAGCUCCUGUCAAAGUUGCGCAAGAUGAGGGAUAAGGUCGACGAGGAUUUUCGGGCCAAGUGUGCAGCUCUGGAGAUCGACUCCACUUGCAAGCGUGUCAAUGCAGCGAAAGCUGGAGAGGCAAAGUUGAAGAAGGAGACCUCGAUGCUUCGGAUGAAGAGUGCCGCCAACCUGAAGAACAAUGGCCCGCCAGGGGCGCAAGAGCUGCCGGCGCGGCCAGACAGCGCCCCUGGAGCCUCCAGGUCGUUAAAGGCGGGCGCGGCUGCCGGGCUGGCUUCGUGA